CCUGGCCCGGAAAGGGGUGUGCUGUCAGCCAGAGUGUCACUUGGCCAGCCAACUCUGUAGCUCGGCCCAGCCCUGCACUUGGGGAACGCGGGAGGGGCAGGAGAGGCUUCUCUGGGGCUCGUCAAAGAACCUGUACUUUGAGAACGUUGCUCCUGUGUCCUGGGUGUGUCCUCUGGCAAAGGACUGAGUCCCGUAAGCAUGCCCUCAAGUCACUCUGCGGUGGAAUUCCGAUGUCUGCUCACUUUACGGAAGUGGGUCUGCUGAUAGCCUUGGUUAGCACGCUCGGCUGCUUUGUACAGGCCUCAGGCUUGAGCAUGGCAGAAGGGGACACCCUGAUAUCAGUGGAUUAUGAAGUUUUUGGGAAGGUGCAAGGGGUGUUUUUCCGCAAGUACACGCAGGCUGAGAGUAAAAAGCUGGGAUUGGUAGGCUGGGUCCAGAACACUGAACAGGGGACAGUGCAAGGACAGUUGCAAGGUCCCAUCUCCAAAGUGCGUCAUAUGCAGGAUUGGCUUAGGACAAGAGGAAGUCCCAAGUCACACAUCGACAGAGCAAACUUCAGUAAUGAAAAAGUUAUCUUAAAGUUGGAUUACUCAGAUUUCCAAAUUGUGAAAUAGUGGCCUGAAUAUAUUUUUUCAGGAUAAAAUCAGUGAUUUUGUUUUUUACUGUAGGAGAUAAAACUAUUCUAUGUUCAAUGUUAGAAUUUAAGUUAUUUUAAUAUACACCAGACAUGUGAAUGUUACUGUAUCUUAUAUGAUGGAGGAGUUACAAUUGGACACAAUUCUAAUUAAUAAAAACACUUUAGAACCUUC